AUGAAGUUUUUGUACACACCGGACGGACAUGCUAUCCAAAUUCGGGGAGUUCCAGGUCCACCUGGACCUCCUGGGCCGAAGGGUGUACGCGGCUACCCAGGCUUUCCGGGACCCAUUGGACUCGAUGGCGCUAAAGGGAUGCCUGGGACUCCUGGAAUGAAAGGUGAACGCGGUGAAAAAGGUGAAGCUGGUUCUAUAGGUCCCAUGGGACCACCUGGCCCUAAAGGUGACCGCGGGUAUGCUCAUCCUCAAAGUAAUUUACAGGUUAGUUUGCGUGCUGGAAAUUUGGAAAUUCAUUGGUGGUGCAAAAAAGAGAGUCAUAUGACAGUUUUGUUUAGCUCGGGCCCUCCCGGCCCUAGAGGUCCGAAAGGCGACAGAGGACCACAGGGUUUCAGUGCUGAAUCAAAAGUAGGACCGAAAGGAGACAGAGGCGAACCGGGGCCUCCUGGAAGGUCUGGUCCAGCAGGCCUUACUGGCAGAGCUGGAGCAAAGGGGGAAAGAGGAGAAAUUGGCCCAGCAGGAAUGCCUGGCCCUGUCGGUCCUCCCGGGCCUCCCGGGCCACCUGGAACAAGUGCUGGUCAUUCACUGGGAAGAUAUGUGCCAGGCCAACCGGGUCCUCCAGGUCCUCCAGGUCCACCAGGCCGUGACGGAAGACGUGGAGAGAAGGGAGAAAAAGGAGAAGCAGGACCCAAAGGUCCACCAGGUCCAGUGGGACCACCUGGACCUAAAGGAGAGAUGGGGAAACGUGGACGACGGGGUAAAGAUGCAGACGCAUUACGUCCAAAAGAAAUGCACAAACUUGUUUCGGCCCUAAAAGGACAAAUGCAAUGUAAAGACGGUCCACCUGGUCCUCCAGGUCCAAUGGGACCAAUGGGUCCUGCAGGACCGAAAGGUUCUCGUGGCCCUCAAGGUUUGCCUGGUCAUGCUGGAGUUAAGGGCGACAGGGGAGAAAUUGGCCCGCCUGGGUUACCAGGUCCUCAGGGUCCAGCUGUAAGUUCUUUUUUUUUGGGCCUGAGCCUGACAGUGAGUACACUUUGGAUUACGAAAUUUGUGAAACUGAUGGAAGGUGAGCGAGUUGGAGUAGUGGGCUCUAAUAUCCCAAUGUCAGUCACUGGAAAGCCUGGGCCACGGGGAAGUCCUGGGCUUCCAGGUCCACCAGGUUUGAAGGGCGAAAAAGGUGAUGCUGGUUUUACUGGAGUACCAGGUUCGAUAGGCUUGCCGGGACCACCGGGACCUAUGGGAAUGCGUGGCGCUCCAGGUCCUCAAGGAAUUCAAGGUAGACCGGGUAAACAGGGAGUUGCUGGACCGCCGGGACCAAAAGGCGAUCAAGGACCUAUUGGUCCGGUUGGGAGACCUGGUAAUCCUGGCUAUCCGGGAGAGAGGGGGCCAAAAGGUGAUGUAGGACCGCCUGGGCCAAAGGGUGAACAAGGAAUACCUGGUUUAGAUGCUCCAUGUCCUGUUGGUCCUGAUGGAUUACCAUUAGAAUCUUGUGCGUGGAAGUCUGAGGUAACAUAGUG